AUGAAUAAACAGUUAUUGUCCUGCUCUUUGAAGGGCGGUCGGCAGACAACUACUGUAGUGGCGUCAGUUGCCGCAGAUGGUGUUGAUCAGCAGGUCGAAGUAUCGUAUUGUGAUCAGAAAGUGGUUGGAAAUGGCUCUUUCGGUGUCGUAUUUUUGGCAAAAUUGCAAGAGAACAAUGAACCGGUCGCAAUCAAGAAAGUGCUUCAAGAUAAACGAUUUAAAAACCGAGAGCUUCAAAUCAUGCGAAAGCUCUCUCAUCCAAAUAUAGUCAAACUCAAAUAUUUCUUCUAUUCUGGUGGUGAGAAGAAAGACGAACUGUAUCUCAAUUUGAUAUUGGAGUAUGUUCCUGAGACUGUAUACAGGGUGGCUCGCCACUACUCGAAGCAAAGGCAGUCUAUUCCUUUAAUAUAUGUGAAGCUAUAUAUAUCCCCAUUAAGAAAAUUGGCUUAUUCAAAUUUACUAUUUCGUGCUCUAGCCUACAUUCACGGAAUCGGAAUUUGUCAUCGCGAUAUUAAACCACAAAACCUACUCAUUGAUCCUGAAUCGGGAAUUCUAAAAUUGUGUGAUUUCGGCUCAGCGAAGUACCUAGUCAAGGGGGAGCCUAAUGUGUCCUACAUCUGCUCUCGGUAUUAUCGUGCUCCGGAACUCAUAUUUGGUGCUACCAACUAUACAAAUUCGAUCGACGUAUGGUCAGCUGGAACAGUGAUGGCCGAGCUUUUGCUUGGUCAGCCGAUCUUCCCUGGUGAUUCGGGUGUUGAUCAACUUGUAGAAAUCAUAAAGGUACUCGGUACACCGACAAAGGAGCAAAUUCAAAGUAUGAACCCUAACUAUAAAGAGUUCAAGUUCCCGCAAAUCAAAGCUCAUCCAUGGGCAAAGGUGUUUCGUGCUAGUACGCCCCAAGAAGCUAUCGAUCUAAUAUCAACUAUAAUCGAAUACACGCCAAGUGCUAGGCCGACACCUCAACAAGCAUGUUUACAUGCAUUCUUCGAUGAGCUACGAAUGCCGGAAACGAAGCUACCAUCCGGUCGGCCUCUACCUCCUUUAGAAAUGGAUAGCGGCGAUGAUAAUCGUGCAGGCCAUGGACAUGAUGGAUCAUCUGAAAGCUGA